AUGGCUUCUCUGGGCAGAUUGAGGGGUCUGGACCAACAGGAAAAGGCCCCGGCCCAUCCCCAUGGUGACUGAGCUGUAUAUAGGGAGCCGCAUCCGCCCAUGUGCCGCAGGUUCUCUUACAUCGACCGCCUAAGAGUCGCGCUGUAAGAAGCAACAACCUCUCCUCUUCCUCUCCGCCAUCUGCUCGGCAGCCGCGAAGCAGCAACCAUGCGUGAGUGCAUCUCCAUCCACGUUGGCCAGGCUGGUGUCCAGAUUGGUAAUGCCUGCUGGGAGCUCUACUGCCUGGAACACGGCAUCCAGCCCGAUGGCCAGAUGCCAAGUGACAAGACCAUUGGGGGAGGAGAUGACUCCUUCAACACCUUCUUCAGUGAGACGGGGGCCGGCAAGCAUGUACCCAGGGCAGUGUUCGUAGACCUGGAACCCACAGUCAUCGAUGAAGUUCGUACUGGUACCUACCGCCAGCUCUUCCACCCUGAGCAGCUCAUCACAGGCAAGGAAGAUGCUGCCAAUAACUAUGCCCGUGGGCACUACACCAUUGGCAAGGAGAUCAUUGACCUUGUCUUGGACCGAAUUCGCAAGCUGGCUGACCAGUGCACAGGUCUUCAGGGCUUCUUGGUUUUCCACAGCUUUGGUGGGGGAACUGGUUCUGGGUUCACCUCUCUGCUGAUGGAACGCCUCUCUGUUGAUUACGGCAAGAAGUCCAAGCUGGAAUUCUCCAUUUACCCAGCCCCCCAGGUUUCCACAGCUGUAGUUGAGCCCUACAACUCCAUC